CGAACUUUUUUGCGAAUCAAAACAUUACAUUUUAAUGACCGCAAUAUAAUAUAUUAAAGUUAUAUAAAACGUUUGCUAUUCAAUUCUUUCUUUUAUUAAAUAAUAUAAUGGAAUUAGAUUUAUUUAAAUCUUUACCCGCUGAAUUCGCUGUUCGGUACAAACCAAAAGCUGGUACUAAUUACAUUUUCUCGUGGACUAAUGACAAGGAUAAAGAAAAUUGGCGUGCAGAUGGUUACAGGUGGAGGCAAGGGGGUUCAAAGACAAUUAAUGGAAUUAAAAGGAAGUAUUUUAGAAUUCUUGUUGCACAAGACACAGUAAGUGAUGUGUUUGUACGUAGAACACACUAUCAUGCUGAUUAUGCUAGUUCAGUUCUGAUAUCAUACAUAGGUGAUGAAGCUAAGGCUGUGCAGUUUCCUCAUGGAAAUGCUACUAGAUGUAAUAGAGAUUUUAUCAGGACACAGCCAGGUGUUAUAAACCAAAUUAAGGAAAGUACAGGUUCUGUCCAAAAAGUAUACAAAGACAUAAUAUUAUCAAAUACAGCUGAUAUAAAUAUAACAGCAGUUCCACGUAACAUGGAACAAGUCAGUAAUACUUUAAAAUCAACACGCAAUCAGCAGCGUUUAUCUAGAGAUAGUUUAUACAAUCUUCAUGAAUUAGCGUAUGAUACAAAUUUUAUUCAUAGUAUAAUAACAUUUCCUGAUUUGGUGGUAGUUAUGUACUCAGAUGAAACACUGCAAAUUUUUCAGCAAGUACUGAAAUUGUCUCAACUACCUUAGCAACUAUCAUAUGAUACAACUUUUUCUUUAGGCGACUUCUAUCUUUCUGUUUUGCUAUUUAGAGAAACUGAGUUUGACCCAAGUCCAAUCA